AUGUCAGAGAAAAUCCAUAUCACCCAAAACUCAGGAAAUGUAGAUCACACCGUAGAAGCUUUAGGACAUGCAAUCUCAGGUGGUGUUGCAGGUAUGGCCGCUAUUGCCUUAACCUAUCCAUUUUCAACUGUUUCAACUCGUUUACAAGUUCAACAAAAGAAACAACAACAAGGACAACAAAGUGAAAUUACAACAGUUCCAUAUAAGAAUUCAAUUGAUGCAUUUAAAAGAAUUAUUAAAGAAGAGAAUUGGAGAACAUUAUACAGUGGUUUGAAAUCAGCACUCAUUGGUAUUGGUGCAUCAUCAUUUGUUUAUUACUAUUGGUAUACUUUAUUAAAAUCAAUUUCUUUAAAAUUAAAAAAUAAACAAGAACUUGGUACAAUUGAAAAUUUAGCAAUUGCUGCAUUAGCAGGUUGUGCAAAUGUUUUAACAACCUUACCAAUUUGGGUUGUAAAUACCCGUUUACAAAUUAAUUCCGAUAAGGGUAUUGUUGGACAAUUCAAAUACAUUAUUAAGAAUGAAGGAUUUGGUGGAUUAUACAAAGGUUUAAUUCCAGCUUUAAUCUUAGUUUCAAAUCCAUCUGUUCAAUUUGUUUCAUACGAAAAAUUAAGAGCACUUUGGAGAAGACAAAGUGGUAGAACUAAAUUAGGUGGAUUAGAAGUAUUCAUUUUAGGUGCAAUUGCAAAAUUAAUUGCUGGUAUUGUUACAUAUCCAUAUCUUUUAGUUAAAAGUAGAUUACAAUCACAAUCUGGUAAUGCAAGCAACCCAGAAUCACAACAACAACAAUAUAAAGGUACACUUGAUGCCAUCGGUAAGAUUUUCAAAAGUGAUGGAUUUUUAGGUUUCUUUAAAGGAAUGCCAUCAAAAAUGGUUCAAACAGUUAUUGGUGCUGCCUUUAUGUUUUUAGUAAAGGAUAAAGUAGUAAUUCAUGCUGUAGCAAUCUUAUUCUACUUAAAGAGAUUAUUAAACAAGAAUAAUAAAAGAGUUUAA